CUCUGAUGUUGAAAAGAGACCACACUGUGGGUGGCCAAGUGUGUGUGUGAUACGUGUCUAGCUACACUGUGCUCCAUGGCUGCGCCACCUGCCACAAGCUCUUCCUGCUUCCUCUCUUCUCAUAAAUAAGAGAAAUCAAGAGCAGGCUGUUUAUAGACAGCCUCAACGGGAGCCAAUCAGCACUCGUCAUGGUGGCUUGCCCUGCAUGUGCUCUUGUUUGCCUACGUGCAGAAGCCGGCUCCCAGCAGAGGAGGCGGGAUUCCAGCCAGAUUGUCUCUUCUUCAGCUGGCUACAGCGCAGCUUGUACAAGAUGCAGUGGAAGUGAAGAGGCAGUGCUAAAAACUUCCAUCUCCCCACAACUCUUGCCUCCAGGAAAACUAGGAGAAUGUUGUUACUGUUUGAUGGGAACGCAGAGUCUGAGAGCCUGAGCCACCUGCUGCAAGCAGGGACUGAAGUGAACACACCUGCUGAUGCUGUGGGCCAGGACCCAGCUCACCUGGCUGCUCACGGAGGCCAUGCUUUCUUACUGCUUUGGCAACUGCAGACAGGAGCCAAUUUGAACCAACAGGAUUGGCUUGGAGAAGCUCCAAUUCACAAAGCUGCUAAAGUUGGGAGUUUGGAAUGUCUCUCCUUACUUGUUGCCAGUCGUGCCGUCAUUGACUUGCAGAACAAGAAGGGACAAACUGCAGAAGACCUGGCCCUGGCUUUUGGAUUUUGGGAAUGUGCUCAGUUCCUCAUGACAAUGAAAGAGACUCAGAAUAGGAAAGCAAUCAAGCAAGUCCAGGAUUCCCUCAGUAACAGGGAUGGCUUGCUGAGAGAGGCAACAACAAGACAAAAACGAGCGAGUGAAAGCAGAAGACCCAUAAACGAGAAGACAAUGAGAUCGAAUGAUACAGCGUUCUUGAUGUCGUGUGAAACUGCAUGAAGAGAGAUGUGAACAUUCUGAACCCUCCAGAAAAAUACUGAGUCUGUGGACAAAUGUUGCUCAAAACAAACUAUUUUGAACAAUUCCUUCUAUGAAGGAGAGUGGUUUGCUUCUUGAAGAAGAUACUUUUUAACACAUUCCUGUAUUUAUGCACUGAUAAACUUGCAUAAACAGUG